CUUGGACUGGAUUGACCAUCAGAAUCUAAGACAUAUAUUACUUAAGAUACUAUAAAAACAAGACUAAAUUCCCAUAAGCAAAGGAAUCAAAUCGAAAAUGACAAGCCUGCAAAUGCUUGACACAAACCAGAUAUUUUAAUGUGUACAAACAAUAGCUCUUGGCUGAUAAACGGAAAGAAGUUUUAAGGUUGUUUCUAUUGUCAUGAGAUCACGUCUUGCAGAAUCACAGGUCUCCAUCAAAUGACUAGGGAUUUUCUGAUGGCACAUGAAGGGACUAUAACAAAUAAUUGAGAGUUGUCAUUUACCAACAGAGUAACUUUGUUCUACAUCUCUGUUUUCCAGUCAUGAUGAAAACAGUGUAAUCUUCUACGUCCCUAAGAAAGCUUCUCUCUGUGUUGGCAAGGAAAUGAUAGAGAAGUGUAAUUAAGCAGCGAUGACCCUAAAGUGAAAUGUGGAUUCUUUACAGUAUACAAUGUCCUUCCCACCAGCUACAUGUGUUUGUCAGAUGUUUAUAGAAUCUUCAUUAACUAAGAGCUUUGCUAGAUAACAGAAGCUGAAGCAUGGCAUCAAUGACUCUGAUAAGGGCAAGUGUACAACCAAUCUGCUUGACAACUGACAAGAGGCUGGGGUUUGAAGCAGACUGCAAAAAGAACACAAGAAAGAGAUUUGCAAAGGGCAUUCUAGUUGUUUGCCUUCCAUCUCCUUUUCUCUGUAACAAAACAAGAUUUUUAAUCAGCUAAAAUAUCUUUGCUCUCUUGUCUGUCCAUCAGAAAGUAAAUCUAGAAGAAAUGCAUUACUUUGGAGUAUUAGCUACCCUGUCCGUUUUCAACAUCAUUGCCUGUUUGACAACAGGCAAGCCUUUGGAAGACUGGGACAAGCUGUCAGCUGUGGGAAAGUCUGAUGCACACUUUCAUGAUCCUGUGGGAGUGGAAGAUGAGACUCAUUUUGACUUUAAAUCUUUCUUGGAGAAUAUGAAGAUGGACUUACUAAGGAGUUUGAAUUUGUCAAGAGUCCCCUCAAAAGUGAAGACCAAAGAAGAACCACCACAGUUUAUGAUUGAUUUAUACAACAGAUAUGCUGCAGACAAGUCCUCCAUUCCUGCAUCAAAUAUUGUAAGGAGCUUCAGUACUGAAGAUGUUGUUUCUUUAGCUUCACCAGAAGAAAAUCCAUUUCAGAAACACAUCUUACUCUUCAACAUCUCUAUUCCACGAUAUGAGGAAAUCACCAGAGCCGAACUGAGAAUUUAUGUCUCCUGUCACAGGGAAACUGGCUCUCUCUCUAAGCUGGAAGGCAACAUGAUAAUUUACGAUGUUCUAGAUGGUGACCACUGGGAAAACCCAGAAAGCACCAAAUCUUUCCUUGCCUCCCAUAACAUCCGGAAGUGUGGUUGGGAGAUGUUUGAAGUGUCCAGCGCUGUGAAAAGAUGGGUCAGGGCAGACAAACUGAAGACUAAGAACAAGCUAGAGGUUGUUAUAGAGACUAAGGCUCUGGGUGGUUUCACUUGUGGGAAGAUGGAUAUUAGUGUUACGCCUGACACUAAAAAUCUGCCCCUGUUAAUAGUGUUCUCCAAUGACCGCAGCAAUGGGACAAAAGAGACCAAAGUGGAGCUCCGGGACAUGAUUGUUCAUGAACAAGAAAGUGUGCUAAAGAAAUUAGGAAAGAAUACCACUUCAUCUGAAGAGGAAGAACAAGAAUAUGAAAAGGCCAUGACUGGGCCCCACCAGCAUUCCUCUAGAAGCAGGAGAAGUAUUGGAGCUAACCACUGCCGGAGAACCUCCCUCCAUGUGAACUUUGAAGAGAUUGGCUGGGAUUCUUGGAUCAUUGCACCAAAAGAUUAUGAGGCUUUUGAGUGUAAAGGAGGUUGCUUCUUCCCUCUGACAGAUAACGUUACCCCAACAAAACAUGCUAUUGUCCAAACUCUGGUGCAUCUCCAAAACCCAAAGAAAGCUUCCAAGGCCUGUUGUGUUCCAACCAAAUUGGAUUCUAUCUCAAUUCUUUAUAAGGAUGAUGCUGGUGUGCCAACUUUAAUAUAUAACUACGAAGGGAUGAAAGUGGCAGAAUGUGGCUGCAGGUAGCAUACAAGGCAGAAUCUCUAAGAAUAAGAAGAUGAUCUUUUUCUGCUCUGUAUAAAUGUGUACAUUAGUGAUACAAAUGAAAAUCCUUGCAAACAACAUCUGGAGCAAGGUAUGCGGUUUUAAAGGAAAACUGGCAGUUUAAGAACAGCAGUCACUGUAAAUAGCCUGCAUUAUAUAUCAUAGUAAAAUGAAUACUGGAUUAAAAUAUUGUGAGGUCCAAUGAACUAUGUGUUAUUUGGCAACAGUGACACAAUUUGAAUAGCUUAUCUCAACUUUUCUGUUCCACUGAUACUGUUUAGUUCACAAACUAAAGGAGUUUCAAUAGAGAUUUAGGAUGACUGUAAAUGUUUAACAGGUAUUGAAAUGCAAUUCUCUCAAACAACUCUGACAUUUUAAACUUCUUUUAAGCUCAGUAAAUGGGAUUUAGCCUGCAUGGUAGAGUCAGGAGGCUAAAUCCUGCAAGUCUUUUCUCAUAUCAGUAAUCUCAGUGGCUUUACAGGCAAAUUAUUUCUCCUGUAUGUGAAGAUUCACAGUAUUCAAAACAGAGGAGAUUCAGUCUUAUUUCAUCCUGAAGUUUCCUUCUGUGGGUAGCAGGUGCCUUGGUUUCAGCUUUCUUAUCCUCAGCGUCCCUAUUUUUACCCCGUUAUGGCACAUACUUGAAUGAUAAGAAGUGCAGUCUUCCGCUUCUAAGACACUGUUUCCUAGGAGGAACAGCAGCCCUUAUCUCCGCACAAAGAUAAGGAGCCACUUUGACCUACUGCAUAUUCUUAGUAUUUCUUUGCAAGAACAGGCAGUCAAAUAGCGUUCAGCCUUAGAAGCUGUAUCCUAAGAUCAGUGGUGGUUGGGAGAGCUCAGCAGUUGUGAAAACCCCAGGCUACUUAUUUAGAGGCCCAAUUAUGUCUUUGGAGUCUGAUAUUAUGCUCUGAUUUUUUAAAAAUGUCUUCUUAGGAGAAACUAUUUUAAAUAUUAAAUUCUUUCACCACUUGCAAGUCUGGAAAAAAAAUGUGAACUUUUGUGUUCUGUGAGACUUAUACUGCUGUGUGGGAAAUACACUAUCACACAAUAGU